AUGGCAUCCGGGAAACGAUGCUUCGUCACUGUAGGCGCCACCGCGCCCUUCAACAGUCUAGUCCGUGCCGUGCUGGAACCAGUAUUUAUCAAGGCACUUCGUGAAGCCGGCUACUCGCAGCUACAAAUCCAAUAUGGCGAUCAAAGCGGGCAAGAUACAUACCGCGAGCGGACGCAGCUAUUAAACGAACAACAUGAAACCCCUGACGGCUUCGAAGUCUCAGGCUUCGGCUUCAAGAAGGAAGGCCUAGGCGACGAAAUGCGGGCCGUGAAAGGCUCGUCACCAGAGACCGAAGGCAUGAUCAUCAGUCACGCCGGCUCAGGGUCCAUCCUCGACGCACUCCGUAUCGGUGCGCCGAUUGUGGUUGUCCCCAAUACGGAUCUUCUGCAUAAUCACCAGGUUGAGCUGGCUGAGGCGCUUGCUGAGCAGGAAUACGUGAUUCACGGCAAGGUGGAUGAUCUCGCCUCAGCAAUUGCGGAGGUGGAGGCCUUGAGGAGAAAAUCCAAGAAGUGGCCGCCGCUGAGAUCCGGAGAGGGGAAGUACAAGCGUGGCUUGCAAGAUGUUAUGUAUGAGGAGAUGGGGUGGCAGAUUGAUUGA